UCAUAUCAUGUCUUUCAGAUUCUUUCUGGUCUCAACCUCGCUCUCUCAUCUCUAUGUCUCCACUGUCACCUCGCUACGCCACCGCUGUUGGUUCUCUCUAGCGGUCUCGUGUAUCACAUUGCUGCACCACCGGCUCUUCUCUCGCAUCUCACCUCGCUCUGCCGCUCACCGUCACCGAUUCGCUUCGAGUUCGAUAACAGCCGCCAGAUUCUUCAUUCUUGAUUUGAUUUAUGUGAGGUGCUUUGUGGAUAAGAGAGGAAUAGAAAGGAGCUUUGGAGGAAGCUGUUGUUGAGUAUCCAAGAGGACUCUUGCCACUAUAUGUGUAAUAGUUAUUGCCGAUGACUUUUGUAUAUUUACAAUCUACAAAUCAAACCCGGCAAAGAGAGACAAAGAUUCAUCCAAUUUAUCAUGUAAAAAAAAAUUGGUCAUCAUUAUUUUGUUUAAACCUCAAACUCUGCUAAUUCUCUGUCUCUUGUUUCUCUGUUCCUCAAAAGAAUUCCAAAAAUGGUGAGGAACCCUUUAUCCAAAAGUGCAAACAAAUACCUUAGAAAAUUCAGAAAAUGGCCACAUUCACCUUACAAAACUUCAUGGCACCACAAUUUUGGUGAACAACAAGCUAUGCAAAUUCUCAAACAAGCAACCAUUCAACCCCAAACACAAAACAACAACAACCCUUUUCUUCUUUCCACUCUUAUUGACUCAUUCAAAGCUUAUAACACUGACCCAACUCCGAAAGCUUACUUUUAUCUCAUCAAAACCUUAACCAACAACACUUCACAAUUACAUGAAAUUCCUCAUAUCCUCAACCAUCUUGAACACAACGAGAAAUUUGAAACACCUGAGGUCAUCUUUUUGUAUCUUAUUAAGUUCUAUGGUUUUGUUGAUAGGGUUCAAGAUGCUAUUGAUUUGUUUUUCAGAAUCCCUAGGUUUAGGUGCACACCAACUGUUUGUUCUUUGAACGUGUUGCUUUCAUUGCUUUGUAGGAAGCAAGAGUGUCUCAAAAUGGUUCCAAAUAUUUUGUUGAAUAGUCAGCAUAUGAAAAUUCGUCUCGAGGAAUCGACUUUUCGGGUUUUGAUUGAGGCAUUGUGUAGAAUUAAGAGGGUUGAUUAUGCUAUUAAGAUAAUGAAUUGUAUGAUUGAAGAUGGUUAUAGUUUGGAUGAUAAGAUAUGUUCUUUGAUUAUAUUGUCGUUGUGUGAACAAAACGAUUUGACUAGCGCUGAGGCUUUGUUUGUUUGGGGAAAUAUGAGGAAACUAGGGUUUUGUCCUGGUGUAAUGGAUUGCACCAAUAUGAUUAGGUUUUUGGUAAAGGAAGGGAAGGUUAAGGAUGCUUUGGAAAUUUUGAAUCAGCUCAAAGAAGAUGGAAUUAAGCCUGAUAUUGUUUGUUAUACUAUUGUUUUGAGUGGAAUUGUUAAAGAAGGUGAUUAUGUGAAGUUAGAUGAAUUAUUUGAUGAAAUAAUUGUAUUAGGACAUAUUCCUGAUGUUUAUACUUACAAUGUGUAUAUAAAUGGUUUGUGUAAGCAGAACAAUUUUGAUGAGGCAAUGAAGAUUGUUGUUUCUAUGGAAAAGUUAGGAUGCAAACCAAAUGUGGUUACUUACAAUACUUUAUUAGGUGCAUUUUGUUUGAAAGAGGAUUUAGGUAAGGCAAAGAGGGUAAUGAAGGAGAUGAGGUUGAAGGGUGUUGAGCCAAACUUGCAUACAUACAGGAUCAUGCUUGAUGGUUUGGUUGGUAAAGGUGAGAUUGGUGAAGCAUGUGUUUUGUUGGAGGAAAUGAUGGAGAAGUGCUUUUAUCCUAGAUCUUCAACAUUUGAUAGUAUCAUACUUCAAAUGUGUCAAAACGGUUUGAUUACUGAUUCAGUUGUGUUGAUGAAUAAAAUUGUUACAAAAAGUUAUGUUCCAGGAGUCAAGGUUUGGGAAGCAUUGCUUCUUAACUUAGGAUCUAAGAUUACCUAUACAGAAACCACAUUUGUUGGAUUGUUGGGCCAAAAUUAAUCUGUUACGGAUUGGACCAGGGCCAUCCGAAUUGGAUCAUAGCGCCAGAACCGUGAUAUGUACUAUUGACUUGAUCUGGAAUUGUAUUGUCUCUCAUUCUUUAUAUUAUAUUUGGUUGAAGAUCUCCUCAGUUAACAAAGAAGAGACUUGAAAUCUUCAACUGGAAUCACCAGUUGUUCACA